UGAUAAUGAAAAGGGUUAUUGUGAUAGGAGCUGGAGCAGCUGGGCUAUGUGCUCUUAGGCAUCUGACAGCGAGGCCAGAUCUGUUCCAAGCAGUUGCAUAUGAACAAAGCUCUGUUGUAGGAGGGACGUGGGUGUACACAGAACAAACAGAUAAAGAUGAUAGGGGGAACCCUAUACACUCAAGCAUGUAUAAAGAACUCAGGACUAACCUUCCCAAAGAAGUGAUGGCUUUUCCAGAUUUUCCAUUUGACAAGAGUUUACCAUCAUUUGUACGCCACAGUGAUGUGAGGAAGUACCUAGAAGAUUACACUCAACAAAAUGACCUCUAUAAAUACAUUAAGUUCAACACAAGUGUAGAACAUGUUGAUCCAAUAAAAACUGAUGAGAAUGAUAUUCAAUGGGAGGUGACUGUAAAGGACAAUGAACAAGGCGUUACCAAGGAGACUGCAGAUGCUGUGAUGGUAUGCAAUGGGCAUUACUCUACCCCUAUCAUCCCAAACAUCAAGGGAAUGGAUGACUUCAAGGGCAAAGUUUUGCAUAGCCAUAACUACAGACAUAAGGAGUCAUGUCAGGGUCUCAAUGUUGUAUGUCUAGGGGCAGGUGCAUCAGGUCAGGAUAUAGGACUGGAAGUAGCAUCAGCUGCAAAUAAGGUAUAUCUAAGUCACAACAAAGCUCCCCUGUUAGCUGCGUUGCCAAGCAACAUGGUCCAGGUGCCUGGGAUUUCUCACUUGAAGGAGCAUUCUGUGGUGUUCAAGGACGAAAAAGAAGUCCCCCUGGACUUAUUACUCCUCUGCACAGGAUAUCACUACACCUUCCCAUUUCUCUCUGAGAAAUGCCACAUAGAUACAACUGAUGAAAGAGUCUCUCCUUUGUAUAAACACCUGAUACACACUGAAUUCCCUACCUUAGCUCUGAUGGGGUUAUGUAAAACCAUAUGUCCCUUCCCCCAAUUUGACUGCCAAGUAAGGUUCUUUAUUUCAUCACUAGAUGGCAGCAUGGUGCUGCCGUCUGCUAAAGAAAUGCGUAAGGAUACAAAUCGGGACUUUGAAUGGCGUGCAGAAGAAUUAAACAUGCCUGCUAGGCAUGCACAUCACAUGGGGAAGCUACAAUGGGAGUAUAACGAUGAGUUAGCCUAUUUGGGUAACUUUACACCAAUACCACAAGUGAUUCGUAUGCUUUAUGACGCUGUCCAUCAACGCAGGUUCACUGAUAUCAUGCUGUAUAAAAAAGACAAUUAUGAGCUUGUGGGACCGAAGGAAUUUAAACCAUUGAUAAAAUGAUAAUAGUCUUGCAAAUGAGAAAAUAUCUCCGCUGAAUUAAGCUAGACUCAUACCAUAGCCAUUUCUAAUCAAAUCGUGAUUUAUUGGGGAGAUUUGAAUUAUAUCUUUAAACAGAGACAUGUUUUAUAUGUCUC